AUGGCGCAGCUUCUACAAGAUCUGUUCUACUCGUUCGGCAACUGUCUGAACUGUUUUCCCGGAUCUCCGACCCUAAAGAUAAACACCCGAUCAUUCAAGAUCCUGCGUCUGCUGGGAGAAGGUGGCUUCAGUUAUGUAUACCUUGUACAGGACACCGCGACGGCAGAGCUGUUCGCCCUCAAAAAGAUCCGAUGUCCGUUCGGUACCGAAUCCGUCCAGCAAGCGAUGCGCGAAGUAGAGGCCUACAAGACGUUUGCGCACACGCCCGACAUCAUCCACAGCAUCGACUAUUCCAUUGCGAGCGAACGGAACGACGCCGAUUCGAAGACCGUAUACGUCCUGUUGCCGUAUUACAGGAGGGGAAACCUGCAGGAUAUCAUAAAUGCGAACCUGGUCAACCACACAAAUUUCCCCGAGAAGGAGCUCAUGCACCUGUUUCUAGGUGUGUGCAAGGCCCUGAAGUCAAUGCACCAAUAUCGUGCGCCGCCGGGCGGGGAGCGCAUGGAGGUGGGCAACGCAAAAGCUGGCGAGGAGGACGUGGGAGGGCCAAAGGGGAAGAAUAAGAGAAACAGAGCCGUGGCGGCCGCCGACGCCGACGACGAAACAGAACAAGCGAGGCCUCUGAUGGUAGAGGAGCAAGUUGUAGCGCCUGGCGAGCAAAGGUCAUGGGCGCAUAGGGACAUCAAACCAGGCAACAUCAUGAUCGACGAUUCUGGCUCGCAGCCCAUCAUUAUGGACCUAGGUUCCAUCGCCGAAUCACCGAUAGCUAUCACGUCGCAGUCUGCUGCCAUCGCAAUACAAGACAUAGCAGCGGAACACAGCACAAUGCCCUACCGAGCGCCAGAACUAUUCGAUGCGAGAAUGGGGACUAUGAUCGAUACUAAGGUCGAUAUCUGGUCACUGGGCUGCACGCUGUUCGCUUGCCUGGUUGGCAAGUCACCAUUCGAGAUGCGCAGCGACGAGACUGGCGGUAGCCUCAAUAUGUGUGUGCUAGGUGGUGAUUGGCGAUUCCCGGACGAAGGACGGCAACAGAGGAAGGGAAAGCACGCGGUCGGUGCAAGCGCGGGCGCCCAGGAGGGUGUAAUCAGCGACCCGGUCAAGGAGGUGGUCAGGAAAUGCCUGAAACUCGAACCGAGCGAACGGCCUGAUAUUGUGGAAUUAAUAGCUAUCGUGGAGCAGGUCAUCGACGAACUGCCCGACGAUGAGGCGUGA